GUGUGCGUGUGUUCGAAUUUGUUGGGUUGUCGCAAGGACGAAACAGCUCGCUCCUCCGAUUUUCCGUAAUUGUGGUGCAACGCAAGCCCCGGAGUGUACGCGGCCGGUCGCAAAGGACGCCGGAAGUGUGCGGCGAUCGUACGGUGCCGGAGUACGAUCGUCCCAAGCGCAAGUGGGUAGUGUUAAGUGGAAAACAAAUUUUCUUCUGUCCCGAUUAAGGGGGCGCAUCCCCCAGCAGGGCUUUGGCCGUAGGACGGAAAGGGAGAGAGAGCGAGAGAGAUAGAGCGUGUGUGCCUCUUUGUGUGCAGUUUCUCGUUCGCUCUUGCGCACGCGCACGCUCCCUCUGUGUUGUGUGUGAGAGUGUUUGUGUGUACGGUGUGCGAAGCCGAGCGGGGAAAAGUUGCAUCAAAGCAGGCAGAGUGUCGUCCGAGUGCGUGCUUAGGUGUGCUGAAGCGGGUGUGCUUAGGUGGUAGGAGGCAGAAGCGUGGUCGUCGCCUCCCGCAUCUCAUCCGUGGCUUUGAUUGUGCGCUGCGGUGUCGCGCUGUCCUGUGAACGUGUGUGCGUGUGUCAUGGCGCGUCUCGUAUCAUUCGCAUACGCGAGCGAAAAGCUGAUUCUGGGUGGUUGGUACGAUCGGAAGAGCGGAGAUAUAAAAUAAACAUCUCCAUUGACGCGAAGUGACAGCGCGGUUGCUGCGUUGUGCUGUGUUGCAGCGGCACCUUGAAGAGCUGCAAGAAGCAUGCCGAAAGAAAAGCUAUGCCCCCCAAACCAUGAUGACAACGCCAGCCAGUGGUUCAGGCAGACACGGAACGAAACACUACCAAUCGCGGAAAAGUGUCAUUUCCAUGGAUAAAGGCAAGUGAACGAAGCAGUGGGUACUACAAUCAAAGUCGAGACAUCAUCUCACUGCGAGACUACAUCACAUCGGAAACAUUAAAGAAGUUGGGCCGAGGUGCGAAAAGUGUUGAAAGCCAACCCCGCCGUGUGGCCAAAUUGCGUUUUGUGGUGCACGUCGGUGCACAGUUGCAUCCGCUGUUUGUGCAGUGAAGUCCAAGUGAAGAGAGUGGUGUAUUACGAGGUAGUUGGUGGAGGCAAACAAAACGACGGGCAUGCCGAUUAAUACCCAACAAAUCUGAAUCCGCUUAUGCGUGGUUUUGCUCCGUGCAGUGAAGUUCAGCGAGAGGUGCACGAGCAAUAAAUUCUCGUUCUCGCUUUCUGUUUUCGGCAUUUCCCAGUCACAAUUGUUGCUGUUGUUCCUGUGCGCUAGUAGCGAGCGUGUUUGUAUGUGUGUGUGUGUUUGUGAUCAGCGUAUGUGGGUUUGUGUUUUUGUUCGUGCGUCUGCUUGUUUUUCUUGUGGGAUUUUCCACCCCACACCCACACGAGUUCCCGUCCCGUCGUCACAUUCCCCGGGCCAACCAGCCCAGUGCCAGCUAGUAAGGGGAAAGCGAAGGGAGCGCGUGUAGGCCAGGCCCCACUCACCACAAAUCAUCAUCUCGGCUACCCGAUGGCGAGAAAGAUGGCGCCACAUCAUGGAAUGUAAUCUGUUGGUUUCGCGGCUUAAACGAAUCAUACGCUUAGCACCGGGCGCGUUGAAAACGGAUUAAUUCUACUUAGCUCUACGUGGUUCCCACUUCUUCGGUCUUCGGAGGAAGCACUCUUACCCACGCAUCAUCCGCACUCAACCAACCCCUGCGCUAAGAGAUUUCAGGAUGAAGCCGAAGAAGCAACAGCCAUCAGCAGCGAACGAAAAAAAACCUUCCGGUAGUGGUGCGGCAACGGGAUCGUCUGGUAACGUAUCCGAUAGUACGGUUGGAGCAGAAUCAAAAUCAACACCCAACACCAGCUCGUCCAGUUCAACAACGGCACCAGCUAAAAAACCGGUCAAACGUUUGCAAUCUAAAACCAAAGAAAGUGUAUCGAGCUCAUCGUCUGGAUCGGCAGUUCCAAAUACGAACACUUUGGCAACUACCGCUGCUGGGGGAAAAUCAACAGAAAAGAUAUUCUCUAGCGUCCAGCAAAGUGCAAAUCAACAGCAAUCGACAUCCAGUAAAUCGAAACCCUCCCCAGUGAAUGCUGCAAAAUCGCCUGAUACGCCGGCGUUGGCCAAUACAUCUAAAAUACUCCCCACUGGUACAGGCUCAGUGGAAUCAUCAAAAGAUGGCACUACUAAGGCUAUGGUAACAGAGUCAGUAACAAAUACCAGUACAUCAUCAUGCUCGACCACCGGAACGGCAGUAGGAAAACCGGAAACAUCGGUAAAUUCAUCUGGAAAAGGCAAUAAGCAUGUCGUUAAACCGAUUAAAUCAGAUUCGGCUAGUCAAUCGGCACUGCAGAACUCUGCCAAAGGAAGUGUCAAGGACACGCCGGAUCGUUCUAGAAAACCGACAAAAGAAACGGGCAGUGCAUCAAAAAAGUCAACCGGCUCGGCGGAAAAAACGGACGCCGGCAAACGAAAACAGCAGUCUGGCAGUAAUCCUGCAUCAGGCUGCGGUGUAGCUGGUUCUGGAGAUGGACGGGCCGGUCCAGCUGGUCCGUCUAUUACGUCAGCAUCGAUUGAUUCGAAGCUGCGUGAAAAGGAGAAGAAAAUUCAGAAGGAGUUGAAAAAUCUCGGUGUGCCGGACAAAACGAUCAAUCAGUCGAUUGACGCGGCAUAUUUGCUGGAGUCGGCAGUGGAAUCUGUCGUCAACCCGUCGAUCAGCGAGAUGGUCAAGACGAAAUCGCGGACGACUGUGGCCCAGGGCAAGUACGGUGGUGGUGGUGGUGGAGAGAGCAUUAUCGGAAGCGGUGUAAUGGCAAGAAAAUCGUCCAUAACAUCGGAAGAAGGAGGAGUGGAAGGAGAGACGGAAAAACCAUCAAAAGAAUCGGCCUCUGGCAGCGCUGGAAAGAUUAAGAAAUCAGUAACGCUGAAGCUAGACCGUCAGCCAGGUGAAGGAUCGAAGAAAAUGAGUGGCAAAGGAACAGCGCUGAAGGAAGCUGGUGAGAAACUUACGUCGAAAGGUGGACGUAAGGAUGACAAAGCAAUGGCGGGUACUUCGGGAGGUGUGAAUGCCGCUGGGGCAAAGACACUCUCCGGCAAAGCGUCCGGCCAGGGUGCGAAAUCUAACAAAAAGGCUAACAAUGCUUCUGGAUCCAGCGAGCCGAAGCAAAAGAAAUCGGGCGUCGCUGAACUUGCGCCAAAAGGAAUGGAGCAGCAACAAAUGGACGUAGCAUCCGAACUGCCAGUUGUCAAACAAUUGUCCGAACAGGAAGGAACUAUGGGCAUUGGCCGGGGUAGUUCUAUCGAGCAGGAAGAUCACGAGGAAAAGAACGAAGAGGUGCACAUUAGAAUAGACAGUAUAGUGAAGGCACUGGAGCGAGAAGACAUUGAAACGCCCAGUGGCACAAAGAAAGAAUCUGACGCGGAGACAAGAAAGGAAGAAUUAGCUGAUGGAGCAAUAGUUGUUACACCACCGGCAGUUUCUAGUGAUGGCAAGGCUACGAACGAUGGAAAAACAAAAAAGCAACCGGCACCACGCAAGCCACCCGCAAAGAAAGACGGGCCGACGGCAACUGCAAAAACCAAGGCAAAAGAGGCGAAUGAAAAGAAAAAAGCGAACGCAGUUGAUCAGGCCAACAAGAAGGAGGUAAAGUUUCAGGAGCAAACUCCUGCGUCCCCAGCAAAGCGAAAGUAUGUAAAGAAGCCUAAAGCUGGUGGCACCGCGGAAGAUGCUGCCACUGGCGAAAAGCCAGCCAAAAUGGCAAAAUCAGCUGCGGCCAAGAAAGCUUCCGUUGCUACGAGUAAAGUAAAACAGACAAAUGCAAAACCGAAUAGUAAGACUCAAACUACACCCUCAGCAGACGCUAGUGGUGGAACAACAUUGACAGAUGCGUCAAAAGAUGAUAAAGCUGUCGACGCGUCCGAGGGAUCAGCCAAAGCACAGGCAGCAGGUACGAUUACUACCGUACCGACCCGUGACCGUUCGUCGACGGAAAACGAUGAUGAUGUACCGUUGCGGCAGCUUCAACAAAAACAGACCGCUGUUCAACCUGUAACGGACAGCGCUACGGGGCCAAGCAAGGACAAACCUACUACUACCGGUCAAUCAUCCGCGCAAGAAGAAACUGUAAAAAGCGCACAAGAUGAAACAGCAGAGAAGGAGAAAGGCGAUCGCACCGAAAUUGGUCCGGAGCUGAGUGCACCAUCCAGUGCGGCCGGUCCUAUACUUGCAGGACUACUAAAGAGUACGGGAAAGCAAGGAAAGCGGCCGUAUGUUCGCAAAAAUGCAACGAGUGGAGGAAGUGGUAAAAACUCUAAAGCAGUAGCAACCAGCAGUUCCUGUCCUAUUCCAACCACGCUGUCCGAGGAAUGUCCUUCAAAGGAACGCAAAUUGGAAAAGAAGGAUGUGUACGAUUUUGAUGAUUCCGAAAGCGAAGUCGAAACACCCGUCAAGCCCGGAAAACCAAGUUUCAAACGGAAGUCUUCGAUGGACAUUAGCCAGUCGCGCGAGGACAUCUCACGCGACGCCGUAGAAGAUUCACAGUCGUUUAAACUGACAGUGGAUGACGGUAAAAAGGAAGAGACACCAGCGGUCGCCACCGAUGCUGCCGAUGGUGGUGUUGUUAAGGAAAAGUGCAAUGAUGAAGAUGAAACGGCGAAGCGAACUGUUCCGUUGAAGAAACAGAAGCGAAGAAUAGAAGCGGCAUUGUCAGAAUCGGCUGCUUUGUCGAAAAAAGAGCAAAAAAGUGGCGAAUCGUCCGAAUCCGAGGAAGAACAGAACGAUGCUGCUGAUCCGGAUGCGCCAGAGAUGAAGACGAAAAAGAAAGUAAGCGCGAUUGGGAAAAAAGUCAAACAAGAAACGAAGGAAGACUCGCAUUCCUCCGCAGAUGAAGCGGACGACGACGAAGAACCGGGUGUGGGUGAUGGAGAUGAGGACGAGAACAAGGACAGUGCCGAUUCGGACGGGUGUUCGUCCACCGAUACCGUGAGGACACGCGUCGCGAAAAAGCGCCAGUCGGCAAAAAAGCGCAACGUAAAGCUGUAUGGUUUCUGGUCCGGUCCGAAGCGACACCGUGUAGCGUCGCUGAACGCGCUGGCAAAGGUGCACUGUCUGUACGAGAAUGAGAUGCGCGGUGCGCUCGAAUCUAGCCUGAUGAGCCAAUCGAGCGGGUCGCGUGUCAUCCGCACGAUCACGAAGGAUGGCGAGCGCAUUAAGAAGGAACGUAUCUGCCCGGAGGAAGAGAGUGCUGGCGAGGAGAGUCGCUCCGGGGAGACGAUGUGCGGCGAAUCGGCAGAACCGGGCACAAGCAACGAGCCGGAACAGAGCAAAAGCAAGGAACUGGAGCGAAAGGAGAGCGAUAAGAAGCGCGAAGAGAAGAAGGAAUGCUUGAAGCAGGAACGGAAGGAGGCACCAUCCCAGCAGCAUAAGCAAACGGAGAGUGUUGCCCGCGAGGAGCCAAAACCGAAGGUCAAAGAGGAAGCGCCCAAAAAGGACAGCGAUCAAGAUAGUGCGGAAUCGAGCGAGGAGGAACCAGUUGUUAUGAGAAACCUUCGCUGUGCACCAGGACUGCGUGGAGCUGGUAAACAUUGGGAUCCCGAUGCUUCCAGUUUGGAGUCGGAGAUCGAACAAUUGCCCGAUAGUGAUGAAACCUACGCUCAGGGUAAAGAUACUGAUCCCACACGCAAGCGGAAAGUGAAGAAGAAAGUAGUGAGGAAGAGCAAAGCAAAGUCGGCAGCAGUGCAGGCAAAGACGGAAAAGGCUGAUAAGGAUAAGGAAAAGGUGUCCGAAAAGACGGAAAAACCACCCAAGCCACCAGUGAAGAAGAUUAAGAAAGAGCUGAAAGCUUUGAUGACGGACAACGAGCGGCAAGACGAUGGGACAGUCAGCUCAUCCUCAACCGGCUCGGAAAAAGCCGGAAGCGCCAAAGCUAAGCCAGAAGAAGGAGUCAAGAAGCGGAAACGCGAACCAAAAUGCGAAAAGACGGAUACCGGCGGUGAUUACAAGGAUUAUAUUGGUAAGAAGCGUAUGGCAAGUCUCAACGCAACUGCAAUGCUAGCCGCCACCUACGAAGUGCAGCGAGUGCUUUACCGCAACACCGACUCUAGUGACUCAGAAUGUUCCGCCGAAAAGGUACCGAAAACGAAAAAAGGUGCCAAAGAUGCAAAGGAACAAAAAGAAACUGCGUCCAAGGAGUCUACAGCAUCGGCGAACAAAAGUGAUGGAAAGGAGAAGAAGGAUACGACUGGUGAGAAUGAGCUACGCGAUUCGCAUGCUGCUGGAACGCCCUUGGACAACAAACAUCCUAGUCUGUCUACAUCGGCAGAGUCCACUAGCUCCAAUCAACCGGCAGCGUUAAUUGCGCCCGGAAGUAUCACAGUAGCGCAGCACGAAACGUUGACCAAAAAGAAGAAAAUGGUCAUCAAGACGGAACCUAUGCGCGAUCGUAAGGACGAUCCAAUGGAAGUGAAGCGUGAAAUAGAGGAGCCGCGCCCUGUGUCGAGCAAUUUAGUUAUCGCGCAGGACACGGAAGUCACGAUUACCGGUGUGUACGUGAAUUCUACGCUGGGAGCUAACCAGGAGGCGUACUGCAAAAUGCAGUACCGCGUGCAGCAAAGUGUUACCGAGGAACGAUUGGUUCGGCCGGGAGAGGCACCACCCAAAUCGUACACUCCACUGUCUGCACUGUCUAGUAUGCGACCACCGAAUGAUCAGACUCUAUCAACGCCACCCCUGUUCGUGCCGCCGGCUCAAUGCGACUCCCCGCUAGGACCACCGAGAGCAUUUUAUCCGCCGCCCACAUCAUCAUCCGGCAGUUCCAGCGCCUUCUGUGCUCCGAUGCCCCACGACAGUCCAGGUUACUAUCAACCGGCUGGUCCGCUGAUAUCGCCUCACCUACUUGGCCAGCCCCCGUCCCAGCACGGUCCGAAGAGCGGUCCGGAUGGCGACACGCUUCUCCAGAGUCCGCAGCAACCGCCCGCGUCCUCCACGGCCGACAGUACGGACAGCGACGUCCUGCUGACAGGUGGUGGAGUUGACCUCGGCCAUCGCUCCCAACCCUUCGGCUCGUCGCGCUACGGAGCAGCCACCGCCGGUGGUGGUGGUGGUGGUCCACCCGGCAAUCUCUACCCUCGCCCCAUGCAGAUGCACUGUCCACCGGCCUACUUGUCCCCAGGGUACUACGCACCGUCCCCGUACGGUCCACAGCCACCGCCACCCCAUGGGCCGCCACCGGAAAUGUACUACACGCACGCGUAUCCGGCCCACUUCUACCCAAAGUUUGCACCCCCGUACUAUCCGACAUCCCGGCGGUACUACGCCGGGCCGGGACCCGGACCCGAGCAUCACCUGUACGAACAGGCACCACCGCCAAGCAGUGCGCAAGGUCCACCAGGACCUCCGCCACCACCAUCCGGGGCACAACUCGUACCUGCUGGACCGCAAGGUCCCCAGCAUCUGGAUCACUAUCCGUAUCCGCCAUAUCCAGGUUACGGUAGUCCCGGGCCAGGUUCCGGUGGCCAGUGUUAUCCACGCAACCUGCAACACCCGCCGCCACCGCCUGCGUAUAUGGAUGCGCACUACACAACCAACUGUCCAUGUCCGAUGCAGUGUCCAAAAAACGUCAAUGCUGGGUCCCUUAUUGGUAUCAAGGCCAGUAAGGGCCCAGUAGCCACAAACAACCAUAUCGUACAAAAUCAGCCGACCACCAGGAUCAGCACGACCGAACCAAUCACCAUUUCGUCAAGCUCCUCGUCGGCAUCGUCCUCCUCGUCACCGCCGGCGCCAGUCGACUCGCCCGUCACUAGCUCGGCAACUACCACCUCCGUUAGGCAAACUUUGCCCGAUACUGAGUCGUCCUCGGGCGUAGCUUCCAAGCAGCAGCAGCAGCAGCAGCAACAGCAGCAACCACAUCCAUCACACGGCGCGUACCACGCACAUCACCAUCACGGGUCUACGCUUGCAAUGGAAAUGCAUCCACCGGGAGUGCCGACUCACCACCAUCCACACACCUAUCCCUACCACUUCCACCAUCAUCAUCCUAGUCCGCUGCACCACUCACAGCAGCACGGAUCGAUGCAACCGGAAAUCGCAGAAAAGACGGCCAUUACAGCGACAUCCACCUCCGCGCCCAUAACGACGCUAAGCUCGUCUGCGAAACAAACACCGCCGGUAGUGACAACGGCUGCCACGGGAUCCGAUCCGCUGGAUAAGAUGUGCUACAAAACCGAGCUACCGAUAAAGCCAGAGUCCGUAACGGAUAUGUUGUCAACACCGAUGCAUUACGGUAGCCCGUACCAUCAUCCUUACCACCAUCCGCUCGGCUAUUAUCACCAUCCGAAGCUGACAGACCUUAAGGAAGAAUCGCACGGUGCCCUAACACCGCCCUACUCGAUAUCAGGCAAGAUGGCACUUCUCGAAACUCCCGAAAUGAGCCCCGUCCGAGUAUCGACCGUGCUGAACGUUCCUCCCGUGCAUCCAGGCGAAGCUCUACAGCCUUCCCUGAAGGGGACGGAGUGUGGCGAAAAAGCCCACUGUACCGAAGACAAGUUAACAAGCAUUCCGGUGUCAACUACCAUUGUGAAGCAGGAGAUCGAAGAGUUUAAGCUGCUAGAACCACUAGUAGGAACCGUGUGUAAAAAGGAAGAUUUCGAGGAGACGGGUCCCGCCAUGACGCCGGACCUGAUGGACGAAUCGAUCGUGAUUAAAAAGGACCGAGAUGAGGAAAAGCCGAUCAAACGCUCGGAGUGCCACCUCGAACAUCAGCCAGCAGCGCAUCCACAUGCGUCCGUCGACCAUCACCACCUGCAUCACCAUUUACAGCAGAUGCGCGUUGCAACGCAUCUACCGCACCACCUACAUCACCACAGUGCCAGUACAAAUCUCUUGCAUGGGUCACCACAUCAUCAUCAUCUACAUUCGCACUAUAGCGUGCAGCAACAGCAGCAGCAGCAGCAGCAACAGCAGCCACCUUUAAUAACCGGCCUGUUGGUGGAGAAAGAUGACCUGGAAAGCGAUGCCAAACUACCUCCGGACAGCAAGAGUAUGCUCACCGAGCUCGUGCUUACGACGGAAGCGUCGAUGGUGGAAGCACCGAAAUCUACACUUACGACAACGUCGAAAACAGAGACGUUGACACCGACAACCGCCAGAUCCGCAGUGGACGUGCCAGCAAAGAUGGACGUCGCGAACAGUGUCUGCAAAAGUCCUAGCCAGCAACCAAGGGGAACCAGUAGUGAUAAUAGUUUUAGUCUUAGUGAUAGCCUCCUAACCCCGCGCGUUGCUGGCGCUCCCGAACCGCUGAGCUCAAUAUCAAAGAACGGUGUAAAAGUACAAUCACAUGACAGCUGCAGUGCUGCGGGCAGCCCAGAUCCUCCCUCACCGGUACCGAUUCCGGCCUCCACCGUCAAACGGAGACCGCUGCUGGUGGCAUGCAAGAAGGCAACACCGAAGCAGUCACCCCCGAAUAGCUAUAAGAAUCUGAUCAAACGUACAAACGGUCUGGAGGGCGACGAUGACGCACUCCUGCCACAGUGUCCGGAACCGGUAGAACUAAGCGAAGACGAGGAAGAAGAAGAAGAGGAGGAUGAGGAGGAAGAUGAGGAAGAAGAAGAUGAUGACGAGGAAGAAAACGAGGAAGAAGACGAGGAAGAUGAAGAGGAGGAGGAAGACGCACUGCUGCGAGACGGAAAGGUGGAGGAUGUUGAGGAUAUCGAGCUGCAAGAGCAGCGGAAGGUUGAGAUAGCGAAGGGUAAAACUCGACGGUUGGCAAUUCCACGCAGUCGGCCUCCACCGUCCGCUAAAAAACGGCUAGCUCAGCGGAAACCGUCUACUACUACUACUGAUAGCAGACGCAAGGGAUGUCGGAGAAAUAUUCUUCGAACGACAGGAACAACUCCGCCCAACAAACUGCAGCGCAGACAGUUCGCUUUGGAAUGUAGCAAGCUGACAGAACCUCGGGUGGCUGUUGUCGGUACGGAACGGGCACGAUCAGGCGGCAGGCGAUAUUAUCGCGUAUUCCGAUCUAGCAUUGACUCUCUGAAGCGGUUGCCUAUAGCAGUUCGCAAACGAUUGCUGCGCCGUUCAAACGUUACGCUCCUGCCGAAGCGUCAAAGUGCACUGCGCGACAAACGGGCCUGCCGAUCGGAACAGUCGGAAACGCUCAACGAAGUCAAAGAGUCGCAACCGUCACCUGUGGCAGCUAGUGAAAGUGUUACUGACAGUAUUUUGGAGGACAGGACAUUGCCAAACAAAGGUGCGCAAGACGCACGCAAUGAAGCUGUGAGCAAAGAAGAUCAACGAACAGCAUCAACAGCGGUGGAUGUAGGUGCAACCGUCUUGCCACCACUGUCGAAUGUUGAUCGUACAAUCGAUCUCGUUGCCAAAGGAUACUUCUCCGAGCCCGAAAUUCUUAGCGGAACGGAGCUGCAGGUCCACUCCCGGGCUUGGUUGAAGAAGCUCAAGCAACAGCAGGAAGGCCGAUCGCAUUCCGAACAGAGCCGUGGUGCAAAGUGUGCUGGUAACACGAACAAGUGUAAAUCCAAGGACUCUCCACUAGUGCUUGAUACGCCCAACUCCUCCUCGCCGAUGGAUCUAUCCUUCGCCGGAACUAAGGGUUCUAAAAAACCAAAAGCAAAGUCUAAAGCUUCAAAACAACAACCAACACCUGUGGUGGUGCAAGUACAGUCGACCAGCAAACCGGAACAGCCGGCUGAAUGUAAAGAGAGUAAGAGCAAAAAGAAGACAAGCUCCAAAGAACGCAAAAAGGAUGCGCCGGCCAGCAGGAAGAGAAAGCAAAAGGAGCUUUCUCAAGCUGGUGACGGUGACGAUUCGCACGCUCGUAAGCGAAGCAAUCACGUUUCGGUUAUGGCGAAAGAGGACGAAUCUUUGUACCAGCGCGCUACCUCGACACCAAUCCCCGCUCCUGGAGCCGAUCCGGUGUCUCCGGCGGCAGGUCAAGAUGAUCGCGAUGAAGAGGAUCGCCGCAAGGGUGGCGUUGCGUUUGAUGACAGUGUGGUCACGCUGAUGGAUCACUCGUCGGUGAUAGAUGAUCGUGAGACGGACUUUGACGAUGCGGCGACCAUGCUGGUGGAAGACGAUGUGGCCAGUGUCGAUACGAACGUGCUCGUUAAUCAGCAUAAUAACAACAAUAACAGCGCCGUCACGGACAAGAACAACAUGAUCCAGGAACAGGAACGCAACGCGGCGGAUCCUAUCGUUCGAGAUGAACCGAUUCAGGCCAUCAUCGCCGAAGGUAAGGAGGGAAGUGAGCUAGAACCUCCGGAAGGGAUGGAACCGUUCAUGGACGAGCAGCUGGAAGAGGAGGAGGCGGAGGAGGAAGCGAAGCGGGUGGUUUCGACCCAUCUGCCCGAAACCUUACAGCCACAGCCAAGUCCUCCGGUGGAAUUGCCCGUUGAUCCAGCCCUGGCUUUACGCCAAAGCUACGAGGAUGAUGCGUACGAGGAACUGGAAGACGAGGAGGAACUGCUACCAAAGCGGGGCUCAAGUCGUUCCGUUAAGCGGCGCCGUUCACGUUCGAAGACAAAGGCGAAAAAGUUCAGCAUGAAGAAACGGCAUCGUCCAUCCACGAAUCGGAACUUAACCGCCGCUGAGCUGGAGGAGCUGAUUGUGCCAAAAAAAUGUAACUCCAUUCCGCGCUGGAGCAACGGUUGGACCUGGGAGGGUCAGCCGUUCCAAGGCAUGGUGUUUUUGAACAGUGAUGAUCCGCCGGUACUACGCACGUGCUAUCCGGCGAUGCGACAUUCCGUUGGAGACAUUAUAAAGCCGCGCGACUGUGUGCUGCUAAAGGCAGGCAGCAAACGGGCGGAACUGCCAUACGUUGCCAAGGUGGCCCAUCUGUGGGAAAAUCCCGACGACGGAGAAAUGAUGAUGUCUUUGCUGUGGUACUACCGACCGGAACACACCGAGCAAGGCCGCCAGCGAACGGAUGGUCCAGACGAGGUGUUUGCCUCACGUCACAAGGAUCACAACAGUGUGGCGUGCAUCGAGGACAAGUGCUACGUGCUAACGUUCAGCGAGUACUGCAGAUUCCGACGACAGCUGAAAGGGUACGAAGAAAACAUCGAGGAGCAACCAUCGAUAGUGCCUGCUCUGCGGCGCGAAAAUCCGCGCCUACCGCCCCCGAUCGUUUCCCCCGAGCUGGUCAUGUACUGCCAGCGGGUGUACGAGUUCCGCCAAAAGCGGCUCCUCAAAUGCACGUCCUAGUGAAGGUGGGAGUGUGUGCAGCAGCGUAGCCACGCGAAGAACACGAACCGGAGCAAUGUUGGUGCGGCAGGUCCCGAAACCACUGCCGGUGCUUUUAGGACUUAAGACCAACAGGCGCUUGCGCUCCAUUGCCCGUUCGUACGCUGUACACGAGAGUACGCUGUGAAACGAUUAGACACAACUACAUAUCCUGGAUAUCCGGAGCUAGUCCCGAACGCCGAGCGCCGGCUCAUCCGGAUGCGCCAGUCGAUGCAACGAUUCACCGCUCCUUGGACCGGCUUAUCACGCCAGCAAUCCGUAUUUGAAAUUGUGUAUUAUUUGUAUUAUCUGUUUCGUACGCGUUUUGUGGCCGUAAGAUAGGCGAGAUAACUUAUCGGCCUAUGUAUUUCCAGACGUUUUUGUUGCUUCGGUUCGGUGAUUUGUUAGUAAUUUUAUUUGUAUAUACAACCAACUGCAAAGUGCCCCCCCUCCCCCCUCCCCACCCAGUGUAUGUAUGUAUGUGUGUCUUUACUGGUACAAUUUAAUUGUAUUUCCAACAAUGCUCUCCAGAAGGUAGCAAAUAAAUUAUUAAACUUUAGUUUUAUAAGCCGCGAAAAACCACACACAAAUGCGCGCAUUGUCUCCGGUCAAGUUUCCUAUUGUGCAGGGCAGGGCGCGCACGCAACAGUGAGACAAACAUAUACACCAGACAAUCUCACAUCUUCUCUCCAGCGCAGAGGGUCGCUGAUUGUCGAUCAUAGCUCGUUAAAAUCCAAAGUGCACGAUGUCAAACUGGCAAACGACACCAAGCUGUGCCUACGGGCCUUUCCUUGUUAUACGAUACAAAAAAAAACGUAGAAAAUCGCGCGAACGAACCCAGUUUGAAGGCGGAGAAGCACUUGACAAACAUUUGCAUUUGAUAUUGAACAUUGUAAGCAGUAGGGGCAAACCAAUUCAAAAUCCUACAUCAUGGAGGAGGACGACAUAUUUAAGACAAAGCAGCCACCCCCCCCCCCCACCACACACACACACGCACUCUAUACAGUGUAUGUGUGUGUUUGUGUGAGGUUCAUUGUAUGUUUGAAACAAUAGUGCAAGUGCACGACAUACAGCUAGCUCGAUCGAGUAGAUUGGACGUUGGGCAGGCGGGUGGACAUGAUUUAAUAGGUAUACAAACAUUACAAACAGAAAACAACAAAAAACAAAACAUAUUAUAUAUGAAUAUAUACAUACAACAAUUAUAUAUAUAUAUACAAAAAAAUGUAACGUUAGGGGAGAAACAGCAACGGGCAAGCUAGGUGUAAGAAACUAAUUGUUAUUAAGCAGCAGUUUAAGCGUAUACAGUACCUUAUUAUUUAAACAGACUUACUGCUGCUGCUGCAGGUGGGGAUUAGCAGGAGAUUGAGAGUGGGACAUACAAACAAACAAAACUGUCUUGUAAAACAGCAAUUACAAUGGAGCAUAGCUUUUACUGACUGAAAUGGGGACAUUGCCGUGGUGCAGAGAAUACAUGUUUAGGAAGCAGAGAACAACACUACUGAACGUACUAUUAGUAGUACUCUCUUCCGUUGCAUCACCGUCACACACACACACGCGGUGGCUGGAACUGAAAGCUGAAAUGAAUGUGUCGUCAGUAGUAAAAGCAGAACCACAAUUUGCAAUUCUUCCCUGAAUUAAGUUAUGGACAAACAAGGACAAAAUUAUUGUCGAUUGCAUGGACGAUGUGUUACGACGAUGGUCCUUUUUUGGAAGACACGGAACAUUCUUUGUUCUAAUGUUACUUCGAAGCACUGUUUUACCUCAGUUGCAAACAAACAAAUCGCGUUCUGGGACACAAGAAAGAUAAAACUGAAUCAAAAUGAGCAAAAAUGAUACCUAAACUUUAUCACAAGAGGAGAGACACGAGGCGGCGAGGAGAGCGUUAAAAAUUAGUAAAACGUAAACGUGACAAAAAUGGAAACAACAAAACAACUAACCAUACCAAAUCAAUAUUCUACAAAAUUUUAACCGAUAAUCAGUGGUGUGUAACGUUAGGGAAAUUGUUUUUUGUGUUAAUUUUAUUCGAUGGAAGCAGUAUGUUGUAACACAAGGUAGACAAGAUUAGAACAGUGCGGGUCGGGUUUUCUUUCUUUUCGAGGUAUACAUGAGAUGUGUCAGUGUGGCAAACUGGUUAAAUAGUUUAGUUUGAGAUUAUAUCAAACCAGAGAAAAUGGAUUGAAAAAAGAAACGACAUGAUCUUUGCUAAAGUCUGUGGGACUAAAGGUGGAUACAAUAACACGGGCAUUUGAGUUAAGAUUUGCGCAGUUUUAGCAUAACGAUGAGGUAGACCAUUCGACAAGAGAGAAAACGUUCAUUUAGCGGAGUAGAAUGCGUUCUCGAACUAGUUUUUUUUUUUUUUUGUAGUAUGCUGUUUUAAAUACCGCUUUGAGCCGCUGUUGGGCGCGGCCGAGUACGACGAUGGAAACAAUUUACUACUCUCUAAGUACACAGCUAACUCUCCUCCCCUACGUGAACGGAAUCAGGAAUCAGGAAGAAAAAAUAAAAUACUACACAAAACUAUAA